AACAAGGCUAUUGCUGAUUUUGCAAACGUUUCUAUUGGUAACGUUCAAGAAACCUAGACCGUUCUAGAGUUCAAACGCCAAAACGGCAGGUGAGGAUGUCUCAAGGAACACCAAAACGGCACACGAUCAACCAUUUCGCGCAUAACCAUCCCUUGACCGAAGUCAACGUUGUUGGCACAUACACGUGCAACGGUUGCAAACUGUACGGCGAAGGCAAGACCUACCGGUGCAACGACUGCGACUAUGACCUCCACGAAUAUUGCGCCACGUGUCCUCCAACUCUCAUUAACACAUGGCACGCGCCUGAUCAUGAGCUCAACAUGAUCAGCGGUCCCACUCACAUGACCGAGCGCAUGUGCUAUGUUUGCCGAGUUUACAUCCAAGGGAUGUUCUACAAAUGCAAGCACUGCAGUUUUGAAUCCCACCCGCUUUGCACACACGUCCCAGUGCAUGCUUCGUCUCCAGAUGCAAUGCUGACGGGGCAGAGAAGCCUGCAUGAUCCUCAUGGGGUGCAGCCAGCGUCGUCGCCGCACCACUAUGGUCAAGGAUACCACCACUAUGGUUAUGCAAAUAUUGAUCCAUAUGGGUCAUACCCUAAUUAUGGUGGUGGUUAUCAUUUUCAUCAUCAAAACCAGCAUCCGUACAUGAACAUGGGUUCCCCAAAAGCGAAUCCCAAGGCAGAUUCGAGUAAGGGUAAGAAGGAAAAGGGAGGAACUUUGGAAGGCGUCCAGGCAGCAGCAGCUCUAACUGGUACAGUGGUAGCUCAAUUCGUAGUUGGGACGGUCGCGGAAGAAUAUAUUCCAUUCUGAUGGGUUUUUUUUCUUGUUGGUGUGUCUUGGCCGUUGCUACGGUGACGGAUGAGUAUACUGUAUGUAGAAAAGUUUUUCUUUUCUGAUAAAAGUUUUACUCGUUGCCACGUUGGUGUGUCUUAUCUUUUCAGUGUUGUUUUCAAUUACAUGCAGACAUAUGAUCUAUGUAUGUAUGUUUCUCAGUUUCACAUAGUCGCUUGCUUG